GUCAAAUCGGAGUCCCUAGCUCUGAGUAAACUGACUGGUUUGCAAGCAGAAUCACUUUCUUUCCUUCGUCAUCCGCAUGCAGGAAAUGGCUCUUUUCCUCAAGAAGUCGGUUUUGCUACUGCUGACUUCUACCCAUCACAGCCUUCUAAUCCGCUUACUUCACUCGAUUUAACGCAAUCCUCCAGCUUCCCACAUAAACUUGAAGCAGACCAGCCGUUUAUUCCUCAUGGUCUGGUUGAAGGCAAGCUAUGUCCAGACAAUGCCUUUUCCUUUACAGCAGGUUUCAACAGUAUGCCACCCUGCCAGAGGAAUUUGCAACCUGCCCAGUUUUUACAUAUGGCUAGUCCUACUUCGCAUCAAUUCUACUCUGAGCUAUCAGACCCUGGCCAAAUUCUUCCGCAAGGCAUCAUCCAACAUGGUCUUGAAGGGUACUCUCAAUCUGAGAGUAGAUGUGAUUUUCUUUCAUUGUCAAGGAGCCACCAAGGAUCGAGAGUGCCCACGCCUCCCACCAUCCGGCCUUUAACCGCCUGCUCUAGCUUCGACUCACGUGAUCUAGAGACAUUUGCGGAGAAAUUCAAGCAACGUCGAAUCAAAUUGGGCGUUACGCAGGCUGAUGUUGGUCGAGCGCUGGGUAGCCUCAAAUUAUCUGGUGUUGGAUGUCUGUCACAGUCUACUAUAUGUCGGUUUGAGUCACUAACAUUAUCCCACAACAAUAUGGUUGCAUUAAAGCCGAUCUUACAGGCCUGGCUUGAUGAGGCUGGAGCUGCAGCUAGUCUUCAGCAGGAACAGGAACAUCAGGUAAAGCAUUACCAUUGUCAGCAAAACCAAAGCCAAAACAAUUUGCAACUGUAUCAGAACCGAAACAACCACCAUCCUCAGCCCCAUCACUCUCACCAACAGCUAGAUUCAUCUGGGAAAGUCUUAUCCAUUGAAGGAUGCUUGGCUUGUGAGCCUGGUAUGACAUUACUUGGGAAUGGAGCUCUUUCCCUUAUUUGUAACGGACAUAAUACAAAUCAGUUAAGCAGAUCUGAUACAUCGGUGUCCUUCACCGAAAGAGCAGGUGUUCCGGUAUGCGUAGGAACGAGUAUUGGUGGCUUUGAUAAGAAACGAAAGCGUACUUCAAUCACGGAUGCCGAGAAGCGCGCCCUUGAGGCCUAUUUUAGUGUGCAGCCCAGGCCAACCAGCGAAAGGAUCGCUCAGAUUGCUGAGCGUCUCGGUCUGAAGAAGAAUGUUGUGCGCGUCUGGUUUUGUAAUCAGCGCCAGAAGCAGAAGCGCAUGAAGUUUAAGACACAAGCAGAUUCCGUUACAGUCACUUCAGGGCUAACAGCAACUUUAAUGCCAUCAGCAUCAGGUACCAGUCAUUCUUCGGUCUUGCAGCAACUUUCGAGGCAACAGCAUCGUCAGCAACUUCAACAACAAUCUUUACUGUCAAACGGCACUACUGGUAGUUUGUAUUCGACUGAGACCGGUCUCACUGCUACAUCAACGCUCCUGAUACUAGCACCAGAGGAGUCAUCACAUAGAUUUGUUUCAGUAACUUCAGGCUCAACACAGAACUCAGCCUGUAUACCAGGUCUGCGGGCAGAAUCUAAUUAUGUAAACCAGAGCCAAUAA